CGUGAUGAUAACGAUAAAACCUUGCGCAAGGCCAUACAAAAAAUGUCAAUCCAAGCCGCCAUAGAAAUCCUCCAAACCAAGAUACCCUCAUACCUCUCAACCUCCUCCCAAACCGCAAAGAUGGGACGCGAGCUCCAGAAAAAGAAGAACAGAUCCAGCAUCCCGAAAGUAAAGCAUAAGCCGAAGAGCAAGCGCGUGAAUCCGUUGGGGAAUGCUAUUAUCGCUGCGAACUGGGACUCCAAACAAACCCUAACCCAAAACUACACCCGCCUUGGCCUCGCCUCCCGCCUCAACGCCGCCACAGGCGGCACCGAGAAGAAGAUCUCCGCUACCUCCUCCGCCGGGACCCUCGCCAUCACCUCGGCCCUCCCCACCACCAUCGUGCCCCAAACAGCACGGGUAGAGCGCGAUGAGACCGGGAAGAUCGUCAAGGUGAUCCAUGCGCACACCAAGAAGGCGAACCCGCUCAACGAUCCGCUUAACGAGCUCGAGUCCGGGGAUGAGGAUGAAGAUGCUAUGGAGGGAUUCGAAGGGUUUCAGGACGACAAGGAAGAGCAAAACGAGGUAGUCCGCCAGCUAGAAGAACAAGCCCUCCGCGUCGCGGAGAAGAAGCCGAGGAAGCAGAGUGUUAGGGAGCAGGAGUGGUGUCAGCGACUAAUUGAGAAGUGGGGGGAGGAUUAUAAGAGUAUGGUUAAGGAUAGGAGGUUAAACCCGAUGCAGCAGAAUGAGCCGGACAUUAGGAGGAGGAUUGGGAGGUGGUUGGAGUCUAAAAGUGUGGUUUAGGUAUAUCUAAUGAGUUUUGAAGCAAAAGAAGAAGAAGCGAGGGGUGUGUGUGUGUGAGGAGCUAAUGGGGAUGUGAUAGCUAUUGUAGCUCUGGAAAUUGUGAUUUCCCUCUUCCCUUUCUUUCCCUUGGCCGAUUUCUUCUCCUCCCAAUAGCGGAAUCUCGCCCAGCAUAUAUAUCUGCCUGUUCCCUCCCCCCUUUCCUCCCAAUACCGGGAACCUCUCUCGCCUAAUCAUAUCCCCUCCUUCUACCCCCCAUAAAAACUCCUCUCUCGGCGCGCAUACCUAACCCCUUUACACCGCUAAUUUUUACAAUAAAUAUCUAAA